CCUCUCCUCAGGUCCCUCUCUCUCUCUCUCUCUCUCUCUCUCUCUCUCUCUCUCUCUCUCUCUCUCUCUCUCUCUCUCUGUGUGUGUGUGUGUGUGUGUGUAUGUGUGUGUGGGUUCAAUAUAUUCUCUUUACUUUACUUUUCAAUUUUCUUUUUAUUUUAAGACUUCAAUUUCAUCUUUGACUUCGAUCGGAAAUGGCGGGGGAUGAAGAUAUUAGAAUGUCGGGUUUGAAGUCUAUGUCGAGUCAAUCACAUGAAACAUGGAAGGAAGGGAUGGAAAGAAACCAAUCACAAGUCGAUGUAUUGCAAGAAAAGUUUACGGAGCUAAAAGCGUGUGUAGAUGGAUCAGAGGAAGAAUCGAAAAAGGAGUUAGAAGUAUUGUGGCGAAGAGUUAAGACUACUGCUACGUUGCUUACGUACUUAAAAUCUAAAGCUAGAAUUAUGGCUAUUCCUCAUCUAGCACAUACAUCUUGUGGCAUAAAAAAAUUGGAUGGAGUAGGGUUUGUUGACAAAGACGGGGUUCAAUUAUCGGGUUGGUCUAGGAAUGUUGAUCUUUCUUCGUUUGAUGGACAAGAUGAAGAGUCUUGGAUAGGAAUUGGCCGCAAUCAAGGUUGGUUAGAUGAACAAGAUACAGUUUAUAUAGGUGAGUUACUGAACUCUGUUCAGAUGGUCACUGAUGUGAUGGAAGCCCUUGUCAAAAGGGUUUUAUUGGCGGAAACAGAAACUACAAUUCAGAAGGAAAAAGUAAGUUUGGGCCAGGAAGAAAUCUUAAUUAAGUCUGCUCAGUUAGAGAAUAUGUCUAUGAAAUUAGAGGAGAUGGAGCGUUUUGUUUUGGGAACACAUAGUAUUUUGAAUGAUAUGCGGCAACGGGUUGUGGAUUUGGUGGAAGAAACAACUAGACAGAGAGAGCGAGCUGCUGAAAAUGAAGAAGAGCUUAGUAGAGUGAAACAGGAAUUUGUCACUCUCAAGUCAUUUGUCAGUAGCCUAAUCACAGUCAGAGAAACCUUACUAUCCUCAGAUAAGCAAUUCCAAACUAUUGAGAAGCUGUUUGAAGGGCUAGUUGGAAAGACUACCCAAUUGGAGGGUGAGAAAAUGCAGAAAGAGGCUGAAGUUCAGAAACUUAUGGAAGAGAAUGUGAAGCUGAGUACUUUGCUUGACAAGAAAGAAGCUCAACUUCUGGCAUUGAAUGAACAAUGUAAGAUGAUGGCUUUGAGUGCUUCAAACAUGUAAAUGUCAUUUGUACUCUAGAGAACUUGUUUGAGGCCGUCUAGUCCUGAAAAAAAAGCAUCAAAGGAGGGCUCCAUAAACAUCAUGAAUGUCUUUAUUUCAUUUCCUGAUGUCAUUUCUAUGCCUUUUCAAAGUUGAAUGCGGGAAAUAUUUUCUCUUGGAGUGUAAACUUGGUGUGCUUUCAUUCAUGAGGAAAACAAAAUAUAAUGUGUCUCUUCAAAGUA